UAAGAGACGUCAACCUGUGGCCGUGAAUCGACGCCGCAGACAUAAGCGAGUUCCUUGUUUUGAGGAUCAGCUUCCUUACCCGCCAGCAACUAAAGGCUUAAAAAGGAUUAGAAGGCCACAAUUUUGUGACCAGCGGUUGGAUGCGCGAGCCAUCGGUUAAGGAAGUUUCCUCAGACUCCGUGAUUCUCAAAACAAAGGUCAACCACUCGCAGAGCCUCAACAGGCAACCUGUGGAUUCAUGGGCCCUGUGCAAGUGCGACGGUAAAGUCGUUGCCGCGCACUGUACGUGCAUGGCCGGGAACGGCGAUGCGUGCUCCGAUGUCGUGGCACUGCUUUUUUACGUAGAGUACGGCGUGUGCGUGCGGCAGGAGCGUUCGUGCACGGACAGCGCCAACUCGUGGCUGCCGAUGCACAUCAGGAAAUUGGAUGUGAGGCCUAGUAUCGCUGAAAUGGAUUUCGCGUCAUCGACGAUGAAAAAAACGACGAUUAGGUGCCGAUGCCAGUGCAGCUCGUGAGCCGAAAAGCCCUUGCAGAGCCAGCAGCACCCACUGGAGACUGUGGCCCUGCGAAACAGAGUACACCAACGCUCUGCUCAAAGCAAUGCCUGCAUCCGCGGUGCCCAAAAUAACACUUUUACAGUGAC